AUGGCACAAAAAGCACCAAAGGCAAAGCCAAUUGUCAUUGGGUUUUGUGGCGAUUCCAGUGUCGGGAAAACUGCAUUAUACACGAGACUUGGCAAAGGGAUUUUUUCAACCACUGUUCCCACAAUCAGUAGCGACACAAUUGUGAAUAAAAUUACAGUAGAAGGACAGGUACAUACUGUUCAGUUUAUCGAUACAGCCGGCCAAGAAAGUUUCCGUUCACAAACACUGUCGUACAUUCGUAACGUCCAAACCAUUUUGUUUUGUUUUGAUAUUAGUAGCAAAAACUCUUUCAAUAGUAUUCAGUAUUGGGUCGAUACUUAUGAACAAAACCAUAUCAAUCGUAAAAUCCCAGUGAGAAUGCUUUUGGGGUGUAAAAGUGAUUUGGCUAAGAAUAGACAAGUCUCUUUGGAAGAGGCAAAGGCACUGGCAGACAAAAACGAAUUGACAUAUCUUGAAUGUUCCGCUAAAACUGAAGAUGGUCUGAAAGACUUUGUCAAGAAUUUAGUGAUGAAGUUCAAAGCACAAAACCCAACUUUAGUCAACUUCGGUGUCGACGCUAAAGCUACUAGCGAACUUUCACAAAAAACUCAAGAGGAUGCAAUUCUCAACAUCACAAAACAACCAGCACAAACACCUACUGGAGCUGGACAAGCUCAAAACGCAGCAGAAAGUCAGUGUUGUUAA